CUCUCUAAGGCCUAAGCUAUAGCAGCAUAAAACAGGUAGCUUUGGCCGGAAAAUGAGAGAAGCCAUUAAAUUACCUUCACCAAUGAUCGUGUGAACCAAAACCUCAAACCACAAGCCCCAAUUCGAAGACGAGAAUGGAGAUAGAUUCGGUCCCGAUUAGCCGGUGCUCCAAGGAGCACCAGAAGAUUUAUCAACUCUGGUUCUCUUGCGCUGAUUCUGAUGGCGAUGGGCGGCUAACUGGAGCUGACGCCACCAAGUUUUUUUCCCUCUCUAACAUACCUCGUCAAGAUCUCAAACAGGUUUGGGCUAUUGCUGAUACCAAACGGCAAGGCUUUCUUGGAUUUAAAGAAUUUGUUACAGCAAUGCAGUUAAUCUCUUUGGCACAAGCCGGGCAAACUCUCACCGCCAAUAUUAUAAGCUCUAUAGUUGACUUUGAAAGCAUACAACCUCCGACCAUGGAAGGUCUGGAUGCUCUACUUGCAAAGAAAAAACGUUUAUCAAGAGAACCUGAAGAUAACGGUGAUGGGAUUCCUAAAGAGCAAUCACCUGCUGCUGGUUGGUUUUCUUCUACAAAGUCCGCAAAGAAGGUAUCUCUGAGCUCUGUCACAUCAAUUAUCGAUGGCUUGAAAAAGCUGUAUGUGCAGAAGCUGAAGCCCCUGGAAAUGACCUAUAAGUUUAACGAUUUUGUUUCUCCUUUACUGACCAAUAGUGAUUUUGAUGCUAAACCCAUGGUAAUGCUACUGGGUCAAUACUCCACUGGGAAAACUACAUUUAUCAAGCAUUUGCUUAGGUCAAGCUAUCCAGGUAUGAGGUAUCUGCCAAAUAAUAUCCAUUUCCUUUUCCCAAUUGAACUUAAUUUAUUUUAUUUCUUCUCCAUGCGAAUAGGUGCUCACAUUGGACCUGAGCCUACAACGGAUAGAUUUGUUGUUGUGAUGAAUGGACCUGAUGAGAGAAGUAUUCCAGGGAACACUGUUGCUGUUCAAGCAGACAUGCCGUUCGGUGGCCUAACUAGUUUUGGAACGUCGUUCUUGUCAAAGUUUGAAUGUUCUCAAAUGCCACAUCCUCUGCUGGAACAUAUUACCUUUGUGGAUACUCCUGGAGUUUUAUCCGGAGAAAAGCAACGCACACAAAGAAGCUAUGACUUCACUGGUGUGACAUCUUGGUUCGCUGCUAAGUGUGAUCUCAUCCUGCUUUUAUUUGACCCUCACAAGCUUGAUAUUAGUGAUGAAUUUAAACGAGUAAUUGGAUCUUUACGAGGACAUGACGAUAAGAUACGUGUAGUUUUGAAUAAGGCUGACCAAGUUGAUACACAGCAGCUUAUGCGUGUAUAUGGAGCUUUGAUGUGGUCCCUCGGGAAAGUGUUAAACACUCCUGAGGUUAAUCGUGUUUAUAUUGGUUCAUUUAAUGACAAGCCUAUAAAUGAGGGUGCUAUAGGUCCCAUCGGUAAAGAGCUCUUUGAGAGAGAACAAGAAGAUCUUCUGAAUGAUUUGAAGGACAUACCAAAGAAGGCCUGUGAUCGUCGGAUCAAUGAAUUUGUAAAACGUGCUAGGGCUGCUAAAAUCCAUGCUUACAUAAUCAGUCACCUGAAAAAGGAGAUGCCCGCAAUGAUGGGUAAAGCUAAGACACAGCAAAGGCUCAUCGAUAAUCUGGCCGAUGAAUUUGCAAAGGUUCAGAGAGAACACCAUCUACCGGCGGGGGAUUUCCCUCACGUCGAGCAUUUCAAGGAGAGUUUGAGUGGGUACAACUUAGAUAAGUUUGAGAAGCUGAAGCCUAAAAUGAUACAGAAUGUUGAUGAAAUGCUCGGAUACGACAUCCCCGACCUCUUGAAGAACUUUCGGAAUCCUUAUGAUUAACAAUGGCUGGAGAUGAUAUGUUCUACCACACUGUGUUUGUAACAAUAGCAACAUGAAAUUGGUUCAUCAUUUUUAUAUAAACUGUCACAUGUAUAGACUUUAGUCGGAUUUAAUACUGUAUUUGCUGUACACCUGCGUUUGUUAAUAAGGGUGUUAAUUUGGAUUUGUUAAAAAAUUAGUAUGGUUUUGACUUUUGUUA